CGUCAACUGAGGCCGCAUACCACGGUGGCGCGUCUUUCCCGAACGUGGCCAGUAAAACACAUAAUUGUUUUCAAUUCGGUCCACGCGUACGUUUAAGGCUUCGUCAUAUUUGUUAUCUUUGGUGUAUUUGUUAACAAAAUUCUUCUUGGAAAGUGUUGUGUGAAGUGUGUUGUGUUUAUCGGACUUGUAUGCUAGUCAGUCAGUCAUCCAGUCAGUUAGAAGGAAAGCAAUCGAACUAGUAGCCACGAUGUUUAACGAUCUUGAGCGUAGCUUAGAAAUGCGAACGAUCGUUCGUAAAUCGGAUCACAGUGUUCGGUGAAAUAAGAUCAUUGAAAUACGUUGCUGACAUUGUUACUGCUACUGCAUCAGGUGGUCAGAAAAUUGCCAUGGCGACUGUCCUCUAAUGACCUUGAAUAUCAUGCUUAUAAUCUUUACAUGUGCGAGAUCUUAGAACUAAUACCGGACAGUUUUUUCCUUAUCUCACUAAUAUACUUCAGGAACGAAAUAAAUACGCAGCAUUUCGAACAACCCAUUGAGUAAUAAAUGGUACGUGUACAACAACGCUCGGAAUCAACGAAGAUCGUGGAUAAGAUAUUGAGAACAAUACCGGACGUCUACUUUUGGUAGUCGAUUUCUGUUAUCUGAACGAGCAAUCGUCGAGAAUCGAUAAGAGUUAAUCAACGAUUUAAAAAAUAAUUCGUUAGAACGAAUACCUUAGAAGAGAAACAAUAUGGCCUUGACAAAACUCAAAAAUUUCAUCGACAAUGGUUUAAAAAAUGUCUCGACGCCUUUGGAUCGUACCGUUAAUUUAGAACCGGAAGUAGGCAUCAGAAUUGUCCACUCGCCGAACGAAAAAACUCUCUGCGUAACCGUCAUUGGUGCUAGACAUCUACCGCAAAAUUUUGGUUUCACCAGAGUCAACAGUUACGUCGUUAAGGUGAAGCUGAUACCGAGUAAAGAAAAAUUCGAGACAACGACGAGGAACGAAUCUUGGCCACGCUGGAACGAGGAAUUCACUUUUCAUUUGCGAAAAGAAACGAAAAUCAAGUUUGGUCAGUCGAAAGUCGUCGAGGAAGAAAUAAAUGGUUCGAAAUUCAUCGUGGUCACGCUCUACGCCAUUCUCGAAGAUAAACCUUUGAUAGCUACGGAAAAGAAGGAAGCGGAUAAGGAGAAAAAUUCGUCUCCUACGAAAGAAUGUGCAAAGAAGACUGGUAAAAAGGGACAGGAAGGAUCAUCGAAUGAUCAUCAAGAUGGUUGCAAGAAUAAAAUAUUUGGUCAGUUUUUUAAUAAAGGACAAGAGAAAAAUUCCGGAAGUCAAAUAAGCGAAAGGAAAAUCUUUGACAAGAGACGAACAGUCGGUGCUACUACGAUAUCUCUCGAUUCAAAAAACUUUACGAUAAAACCACCAAAACCGAAACACGCCAGUGACGUAUCAACCGGUGAAUUGUGGAGACCACUCAAACCGAUCAGCAGUGGUAUUGCUGGUGCCGAAGAUAAAAGAGAAAAUAAAAAAGGAAAACUCGAGUUGUCCCUUUGCUUGGAAAAAACGGACAAAAAGGAAGAAACGGGUGGAAUUUUGGUAUUAUGUCUCCAUCGUAUGAGAUGUUCAUUACAAACGAUGCACGAACACGAAAUGUUGAAAGGACAAAUGUACCUGAAAAUGUCGGUCAUCGAGAGUGGCAGGAUAACGCAUUUUUGGAAAAGCGAUCGUUUCGGUCCUUGCGUUUCGAUGAAAUUUUCACCCGAUAUGGCUAGGGUCUCAGUAGAAAAUCCUUAUGAUGGUGCACUCAAGGACGUCAGCUUCGUAAUUAAAUACGUCUCGAAAAAUAAAAUGGGUAAAAAAACGACAGUUGGUCAUUUUGCGAUUGGACCCGACGUUGGUGGGCCUUACGCCGAACAAUGGAAACAAGCACUGGCGAAACCAGGACAGCAGAUAACGAAAUGGCAAUCAUUCGAGUAAAAGUGCAUUCUUUUAAUCAACCUGUUUUUAUUCCGUUUAAUUCUUUUUCUUUUUUACUUAGAAAUAGAUGUUCUUCGAUAUUCGUAGAAAAGAUUGUUUAUAUAAUAAAAUUUUAUAGUUUGCAUACUGAUAAUAUUAACCGUCCACUAAAAAUAUUUUUAAAUAAGAAGAAUUAGAUUAAGUUAAGGGGUAUUUCUUGAUAACAAUGAAGAAGUCUGAUUGAAAUAUUUUAAAAAUCAAGAUUUAGAGAGAAUAACUGUGAUUCGAUGUUAUUUAAUUUUAAAUAUGCUAAAUUUUGGAAAUUAAAUUACGAAUAAUCGGUGAUCAAGGAAAUUUAAUUAUAAUCACUGAAGUUUGAUAUCUAUUAUUGUCACAUAUCUGUUUGAUAGUAAUCUAAUGCAGGGCUUCUCAAACUUUUUCUUUUGGCAAUUUCCUUUACACGAACAAAUAUUUACAAGACACUGAUUUUAGACUUUAUACAAUCUUCUCUUAAACUAUCAUAAACUUACAGACAUACUACUAUAGUCAAGCUGGUUUUAAAUUAAUUUUUGGUUGUUGCAUGUCUAAAAAUUUUGUAGUUUUGUACAAAUUUUUGUGACUCUUAAAUUUAGUUAAGUGACGCCGUACGAGGUCACGAGACACACUUUGAGAAGCUCUAAUUGAAUGAACGUAAUUGUAGUGGUCGUAUUGACUAGUGACGACACCAAAAAAUAAAUAUUAUAUUUAAUAUCUAUUGUCGCGUGAGACAUGUAUUUUUUAUGCAACAUUAUAUCAUAGACGUAUUUCUAUUUUUUCAUACAAAUAAUAAUAUAAAUGUUUAAUAUGUGACAUCGAUAAAUAAGUACACGCAGCUUUAACAGUUAAUGUAUGCUUGUGGGUGGUGCCAUUUUAAUUUAAUGUGUAUAUUAUUUAAAUUGUUUUAUUUUCUUCAAGUAUAAAUGUUAAUUAUCGAGAUACACGACAUUAUGCGUGUAAAGAGAAUUAUUUUAAAAAACUCGGUGUAUUGUUAUUAAUAUAUUUUAUUCUGUGUAUA